ACGGAUUUAUGGGAAUUGUGUCAAGGAAAUAUUGUUUUUGUGCACAAAAGUGUUAUAAUUAUUCAAAAAAUACUUCAUAUUUCAAUAGUGUUAGUUAAGUAGAUGUAAAUAAUACGUUACAAACAUGAGUGGUAAUACAGAAUCGACGUCGAACAGCAUAAAGUUCGCGCCGAUGCCGAUGUCGGCGUUACUUGCAAAUUUGAUGCCCUUGCAGACACAGCAGGACAGUCCUGACAACAGUGACGGCUCAGAAGAUGAAAGCGACAAUUCCACGGGCAAGACUGUUGCAAAGAAACCCUCUUCACCGGUGCUAAUUAAAAAAGAAUUCUCGACGCCUUCUCUCAAAAUUUCACACCCUAAAGACAUAAAGGCCUUCGCUUCUGAGAAGAAAAUAACGAAUCAUGACAAUAACAAAGAAAAUUCCGACGAUAUCUGGUCUUCCAACCAGACUUACCCCAGUAAAGAGAAUAUUAUUUCACAAAGUGCUCAUAAAAAUGUCGUGUCUAAUCCUUAUCCAAGUUCUGAAGUUAAAAAACGUAGCGUGCUCAUGGCACACGAUAACAACGCAAGAUUAUUGCAAAGUAUCACAAAUUCUACACAUAAAAAGACGCCUGAAGCUGCUAAGCCACCAAGCAGUAGUAUUAAAAUGAAGACUGUUACACCAAAAAUUAAGUCAGGGAUCAGGAAGUUUACACCAGGGUCUGGACGGCAAAGUAGUAAGAAAACACCGAUGAAUAGUGUUAUACAGAAUAGGGAUAAAGUGAGAUGUGAGUUGUUCACUAAGAGUAAAAAUGAUGAGCCGGCUAGGAGCGAAGCUCUGGUGCCGGUGCCCGAGACUCCGAUGAAUAGGAAGCCACUGCCUGCCUCGUACGCAGCCACCCCUUCAUACCCACAGGGUGUUGUCGGCGGGAACUCCAAGAUUCUAUUCAAAACUACAAGCAUAAAGGACAAAAAGUACAUGUUUAUAAAGAAAUUAGGAACUGGGGGCUCCAGUGAGGUAUAUAAGGUGCUAGAAGUGGGCACAUCAUGUGAGUAUGCAGUGAAGUGUGUGUACCUGGCGACUGACCAGGAGUUGGCACAGGGCUACAUCAAUGAGGUGCGGCUGCUGAGAGAGCUGCAGAACUCCGACAGAGUCAUCAGGUUAUAUGACUAUGAGUACGACCGCGGUAACCAGUUUCUGCGCAUGGUGCUGGAGGUGGGCGAGACGGACCUGUCCUCGUUCCUGAAGGCGCGCGGCGCGGGGCUGCCACCCGCGCUCGUGCUGCACUACUGGGAGGAGAUGCUGCACGCCGUGCACUAUAUACAUGAGAAUGGUGUAAUCCACGCGGAUUUGAAGCCGGCGAACUUCCUGCUGGUGAGCGGGCGGCUGAAGCUGAUCGACUUCGGCAUCGCGUCCGCUAUCAGUAGUGACGCGACCAGCGUGGUGCGCGCGCAGGCCACCGGCACAUACUCCUACAUCAGCCCCGAGGCGCUCAUGGGCGGCGCCGGCGGCUACGGCGUCACGCACGGCGACGCGCCCAUCAAGAUCUCUUUUCGGUCGGACGUGUGGUCGCUGGGCUGCAUUCUGUACAGCAUGGUGUACGGGCGCACGCCCUUCGGACACAUCCCCAACUUGGCGAAACUGGCCGCCAUCUUGGAUCCCAACCACAGGAUCGACUACCCGCCUGUUGAGCACCUCCCUUCUUCACUGAUCUCGGCGCUGAAGUGGUGCCUGACGUACAACGCGCGUGCGCGGCCCACGGUGAGAGAGCUGCUGUCCAUCCCGUACCUGCAGCCGGGCGGGCCGCGGGCGCCGCUGCCGCAGCCGCUGCUCGACAAGCUGCAGGCGCACCUCACGCCGCAGGAGUACCGGCUGCUAAUGCAGCGGCUACAGUGAACGGCUUGUAUGGAACUGAAGGAAUCAACUCUGGAUCAUUCGGUUCUGUAGAUCGAGUGGUGAAGGUCGGCGAUUGGUGUGACUAAACAACUUCAAAAUAGAGGACUCUGACAACUGGAGUUAACGCCUGCACUGAAAUUGAUGAAAAAGUGGGAAAUUUCUCUUUCCGUCCACGUAAAAUCGUGUGGAAUUACACGAAAAUAUUACGAGUGAGUGCGGGUGAUGUGUCUGUCUCGUUCCCGCUCUUACAUUUUGAAUUGGGCCGUAGUCUGACAGAAAUGUUCUCUGCCGUGGCUUACUAGCCAAUAAUGAAUCUUCGCCAAAGUAAUUAUGUAAAUAAUUGCAUACACAUUCGUAUGUUUUUAGUGACUUUCUAGAAAUGUGUAACAAAGUAUUUAUGUUUAACAUUAGUAAAAAAUAUGGAAUAAUCACUCCCUGAAUAAUAUUAUUUGAAAUGUAUAUUACUUAUAAAUAAUUAUUUGGAUUUAUGCUGCCAAUUUUUAAGACUAAUUAAUUAAUGACCAUUAGCAGUUUUAGUUUAUAAUGUAAUUUAAUUUGUAUGUAAAAUUUAAAUAGUCUAAUGUUAAAAAUGUAUAUAGCAAUGAUCUUCAAAUAUAAAC